AUGAAGGAAAGCCGUUUGGUUGGUAAUAGAGGGAUGGUGUUAGUGUUGGCAAUAGGGAACCUUCAUAUUCCUCGCAGGGCACCUGAUCUGCCUCCAAAAUUCAAAUCCAUGCUUGUCCAUGGCACGAUUCAGCACAUCAUUUGCACUAGCAAUCUCUGUAUCAAAUUAUACUCACCGCUCUUUACUUUAAUGCCUUUCUGUGUAUUCAUGCAGAUUGUAGUUUAUAUGUUUAGCCGUAGUUCUAUCUUACGUAGAUAUUUGGAGUCACCUAAUCCCAAUGUGGUCUUAGUUCUGUGUUGGGGGGGCACAGGGAAAGGGGAUGACAUGAGAGAUCCCACAAUCAUGUUCCACGAACAUGAGUGGAAGAGACGGUUUCAUCAACGGCAAUGA